GAAGCUCUAGAAAAUCUUGUUCAGCCAGAAGCUCGCGUUGUGCCAUCGCGAGGUAGAGUUUGGGUAACUCCUGUCGAAAGCGAGUUUCUUACCAAAUUCAAUCGCAUACCCUGUCUUUCCGAGGGUGAUCAGCCCUUGGGAGAAUGUCCGGGAAGUGCGGCUGUCUACGACAUUCAGUUAUCGCAAAUUACUCCAGACAACUUUACUCAGUUGUCAGAACCUAUUCUUGCAUUUUCGUUUGAUUUUGAGACUGCCGACUCAAUCAUCUAUGAUGAAUCGUUUGACAGAUCUAUAACUUGCAUGAAAUCGGGUAAAAUUGACGCGAUACUCAUGUGGUGGGAUUUGGAUAUGGAUGGAACAGGCAAAUUUUGGAUCGACAUGGCUCCAAAAUGGGCAAAUAACGCUUAUCAUGUGAGUAUGAAAGAAGUAAAUGCAAAAUAACU